AUGCCCAGGGCCUCCAAAGCAUCCAAAAACCCUAGUUCAGGUGCAAGCACAGGCGAUGGAACUCUUGUGGUUACAAGCCAACAAAGUCGCUAUGCUUUGGACGCGGUAGACGCUCCGACGUCAAAAGACAUUGAUGUAAAAGACCUUACUCUGUCCAUCGGUGGCCGGGAUUUGCUCGAUCAUGUUGAGCUUCGAUUCCUUCAAGGUGUCCAUUAUGUGCUCGCAGGCCGAAACGGAACAGGGAAGAGCUCACUUCUGCGAGCACUGGCUGAGCGACGAGUACCUGGAGUGCCAAGCAAUCUGCGACUGCUACUCCUUGGGCAAACCCGUGUCAGUUCGGAUGUUCUGACCGAAUCUACACAAGUAGAAAAUCUAUCCGUUGAUGUCCUCGGCUAUGUGACGAGCAGUGAUAUAAGAAGGGAGAUUGCGCUUAGAGUUGUGAAUCAUCUAUCAGCCGCUUUGGAGGAAAAGACGGAUAUCAACAAUCUUGUCAAGACUGUACAAUCUCUUCAGUUAGAGCAAGCAAAGCAGGAUCUGGCCGAGGCUACGUUAAUAGCGCAAAGAAGAAGUGGUGCAAGAGGGUCCAGAGCAAGACAAGUUCAGAUUGAAAGGGAAAAGGCUCUGAAGGAGAGCCAAGCUCGCUAUGAUAACCCUGUCGGGCCAGAUGACGAGCAUGAGGCCACAAAGGUUGGCAUUGAGAUGCUCGAAUCGACUCGUCUAGCCCUAGAAGCCAUGGAUGCCGGAAGCACUGAGAGCAAGGCUCGAAAAGUUCUUCUUGGUCUUGGGUUUUCUGAAUCCCAGAUAAGACAACCAGUGUAUUCGCUAUCCGGUGGAUGGAGGACACGUUGUGACCUCGCAUGUGCCUUGAUUCAACGGACCGAUGUCUUGAUGCUCGAUGAGCCGACCAACUUCCUGGAUCUGCCCGCUAUUGUCUGGUUAGAGCGCUUUAUCAAGAACUCACUGGUGGAUACCACUGUUGUUGUCACCACUCACGAUCGAGAUUUCGCCGAUGCUGUUGCGCAGGAAUUGGUGUUGGUCCGGUUGACGCCAGAAAAGUCUUUAGAGACCUUCAAGGGAAGCCUGACUGAAUACGAAAAUGAGAAACGACGCCAGAUUCGAAGAAUGACAAAGAUGUCCGAAGCUCAGGAAAAAAAGACCAAGCAUAUGGAAGACACAAUCACGAAAAAUAUCAAAGCUGCAAAACGUACAGGUGACGACAAGAAACUGAAGCAGGCAGCGUCACGUAGAAAGAAGAUUGAUGAAAGAUCCGGGCUCGAGGUCGGUCAACACGGCGGACGCUUCAAACUCAACAAAGAUCUCGGAGGAUACUAUCUCAAGGCUAGGGCGGAUAUUGAAAUUCCAGGCUUUGACCCUGCUGUCACUAUUACCUUACCUGACCAGCCUACUCCUCUUCGGCAUCCGGGACCGCUCUUUAGCUUUGAGAAGGUAUCUUAUACUUAUCCUAAAUCUGGCAUUUGGACCCUCAAGGACAUUGACCUGGUCAUGCACCCAGGAGAGCGGGUCGGACUAGCUGGCCUCAAUGGCAGUGGAAAGUCCACAUUGGUGAACCUUCUGAUGGCAGCUGCGACAAAUGAUAGCCCGAGACCCACCAAAGGCAAUAUCACCGUUCAUUCCAAAGCACGUUUUGCUUGUUACUCUCAGCAUGCCGUUGAAGAGCUUGAAGCGCUUGGACGCCACGACCCAGGCCGAACAGCUCUAUCCCAUCUCAUGAGCCUUGAAGGCUGGACCGGAGACGAACAAACCGCUAGGGCGACCCUUGCUAAGCUGGGUCUUCGGGGCAGCGCAGUCUCAGACGUUUCCUUGGCCACAUUAUCAGGCGGUCAACGCGUGCGUCUUGCUUUGGCAGUGGCAUUCCUCGACUCCCCACACUUGGUCGUCCUGGACGAAGUGACGACCCAUCUCGAUGCGGAUACUGUUGAUGCGUUGAUCGAGGCUUUGGGCUCUUGGGAAGGAGCACUUCUCGUUAUCACUCACGACAGACAUUUUAUGCGCUGUGUAGUCGAUGCUGAAAAGCUCGACAGAGGUGCGGAUGAGGACGAUUCGGGUAGCGAUGAUGGCGACGAUUCCGAAUCUCGGACGCCUGGUGUCGUCUACCACGUGCGCAAGGCUGGACUGCGAAAACUCGAGAGGGGUAUGCAGCAAUACGAGGAAAUCGUCUCGAAGACAAUCGAAAAACUAGGGCUGUGA